AUGCUUUUAUUUAAGAAAGUAACUCUCACAGCGCAGUCGCAAAGGAUGGAUAGGCUAGAGCAAAUUGGUAGGGAGUUACUGAGAAGGAACCCCCCGAAGCAGGUACAAGAAGUCCAUAGAUUAUCUCAUCUUAGUUCCUUAGUUUUCCGUAGCUUCAGCAAGUUUUGUACAUUAUGCAGAAAUUCUUUAGGCAACAUAGUUUAUGGAUACGCUAGCCAAAAAACUGUUGCCGAACUCAGGGAGCUGAAGGGGCAGAAUAAAAAUCAAUUUGUUCUGGCUUUGGAGAAGAUAAUAUAUAAGGGCAGUCCCAAAGAAAUGGAGCUGUGUCUCAUGAAAUACUACGACAUCCCUGAAAGCCUCCGCGAGGACGUGUGGAGGAAGGCUAAGGAUGCGCUCAAUAGCCGCGUGCGACGUCUCCGGAAGGCUAUCAGGGACGGACAAAUCAGCACGCAGAAUGUUGAUCGAGAGAACGAGUUUUCGCGUUUGGACUUGUAUGAUUGA